AUGCUGUACUCAUCCCUUGUCCUCAUCCUCGUGAUCGGUGCGGUGACAUGCUCGCCUGAGCGCGUCCAGAAUGAAAACGACCAGAACCAUGAGCACGACGCACAUGAGGAGGGCCAUGUUGCCCCAUUGGAGAAGAGAUCGCCUCACUAUGACUUUGGAUUGGGCAAACGGGCGUACAGCUAUGUGUCGGAAUAUAAACGGCUACCUGUGUACAACUUCGGGUUGGGCAAAAGGUCGCGACCAUACUCCUUCGGACUUGGAAAGAGAUCCGUAGACGAAGACACUGAUGAGGAUUUCACUAAUGAUAUUGACCAGGCAACACAACCAGAAGUCUUUGAAUAUGAGGAAGCGCCAGAGUAUGAAGUAAAAAGAGCUCGACCCUACAGUUUCGGUCUCGGCAAACGAUUCGUAGAAGAUGAAGAAGAGGAAAAGAGAGCCAGAAUGUACGACUUCGGUCUAGGCAAGCGGCCGCAUUUAUACAGCUUUGGGCUCGGGAAACGGGCCAGGAGCUACAACUUCGGCCUUGGUAAGCGUCUGAGCAGCAAAUUUAACUUUGGGCUUGGCAAACGUCAGAGGGACAUGCACAGAUUUGGAUUUGGACUCGGCAAGCGAUCAGAGAACUCUGAGGACAGCGAAUACUUUGACGUUUAA